GAGGUGGCAGUGGGCCGGGGUCAGGUUGGGUUUCGGAGCGUGUGUCUGAAUAGGCCCGUUCAGGGCCGAAAAUUUAAAAUAAGUCCCAGCCACACGGGUCUUCUUGUCGCGUCUGGUUGGCCGCCGUGUCUAAGCAAGCUGGGAUUUUGUGCCGGGCUGGGCUUUAGUUGUGUCCUUGCCCAUGUGAAUACGUAACAAAAAUGGGAUGGGAUCAAGCUAAAUUUUGUGCGCAAAUGUGUAAUCGGGGAAGAGAUGUUUAUCAAGUUCAGGAACCGGGCGUUCCUAAGUUCAAAUGGACUCCCCCUAAGGAGGAUUUCAUCAAGCUAAACAUUGAUGGUGCCUGGAAGUCUGCAACUGAGGCAGGAGGAGGAGGAGUUUUUCGAAGGCCAAAUGCUUCAUGGUUUGUAGGAUUCUCUAGCAAGUUUAAUGUUAAUUCGCCUUUAGCUGCUGAAUUAUAUGCUCUUCGUGAAGGAUUAAUGAUAGCCAAAGACCUAAAAUUUGAUAAGUUGGGAGUUGAGACUGAUGCUGUACAACUAACAUUGCUGCUGGGUAAAGUUGAUGAUCAAUCUCACCACGAAUUGGGUCCAGUUCUUAGAGAAGUAGCACAGCUGUUAGGGCAAAAUUGGAUGGUGAAUUUCUCUCAUAUUCCGCGUUUUUGCAACAAAGUUGCGCAUGAUCUUGCAGCUCACUCCUUGGUUAUGGCAGUUGGUCACAAGCUCCAUUACAUUAUCCCUGCUUGUGCAAAGGAGCACUAUAUGAAAGAAUUCAAAAUGUUCAAUCAAAUCACAGGAACUCCAGCCAGACAGCGAACUUCCCUUCAGAUUCAAGAACCACAGGAGAGGGUGUCUACUUCUUCAGCAGGAGAAAUCAUUUUUGGAUCAAUAGUCUCUACUAUCAGACAGGUUGUGGAUGGUUCUAAAGGAAAUAACAAGCUGACUCAGGACAAAGGAAAAUCUAAAGUGUUUGAGCCUUUUGUUGUUGGAGGUUCAACAGUCUCCCACCCAAUAGAGAUUGUUGAAUUAGAAGAUGGUGAAAUCACCAACAACUAAUUGCUUUUCGUCAAGGUUUUUGUGCGGCGCAUGACUUUCAAGCUGAUGCAAUGGCGUUUUUCUACCUUCCGUUCCUAUGUUAAUAAGUAGUGUCAGGUGGUCGUUUUCUUUUAGUACAUCUCCUAAGAACAUUUUACAACAGAUGAUGCAUCCCUUUUUGACAAGUUUUUGCGUAGGAAGGGGAUUAGAAUGUUUAGGAAUUGAUCGGGUGGGUUUUCAUCUUUUUCUUACCUCAUGUAAUGAGGCUUGUCCCGACUUUUUCUAAUUAAUUAAUAAUACUCGUCG